AUGGCACCAGUUCCUGUACGGUGGUAUCUACUGGACCGAAUCAUGACGCAGGUGUGCGUGCCUGCUUUCAGUAGCAGAGCUGUCUCUGCUGCCGAUGCUGAACUCACUCUGCUCUUUACUCUGUUACUGAGCCGUCUGCUCUUCUUCUACAGGUUCAAACUGAUCUUCAUCUUCAUUAUCAUCAUGAGGAAGGUCCAGACGUUCACCAUCAGCACUAAACUGUCGGUCCCCUCUGACCACACACCUGACUGCCACCUGUCCACACCCUGUGAGGAGGAGGAGGAAGGAGAGCUGCUGUCUCGCUCCGUCUCUUCCAGAUCAGUCAGAAAGAUCUCCAUCUGCUGGAGCACAGAAGAAGCAGUGCAUCCUGGGAAAUCACCGCUAUCACCAGCGCAGGUGGAGGUGAACCUGAGUCAAGAGGAGGAGGUGAUGAAGAGCACCUGUGAACACCUCUGUCAACAGGAAGUGAAUCUCGCUCUGGAAGUUUCUUUGUUCUACCAACAAGCUGACAUCAUCCUGAAUGACAUCAGCAGGACACUGAGCCAAUCAGAAGACAGCAGACACCAUUUUCAUAAAAGUGAAGCAUGUUCACGAUCGAUUGAUGACAUCGCUGCUGACAUCACAGUGUUGGACAGGUGUGUCCAUCAUCUGUCUGUGCUUCAUCCCACACUGACAGCGAGAGUAAAAUUCAAACAGCAGGAGGUGAAGACCUGCUGGGCUCUGCUGCUGCAACAACACAAGCAGUCAGAUCCUCCUGAAAGUCUCUGCUCACAGUUUGGAGACAGACCAAAAGAACCAGGACCAGGAUCAGCAGAAUGCACUACAGUUAGCAAGGUGAGCAGGUGUGUGCAGAUGACAGGUCAGAGCAGAGAGACAGGUGUUGAACCAUCCGUCAGCUCCUCCACCUUCCUCCCCAGGGUCAGCACCGUCAUUUUUCCUGUUCUGCCCUCUGACCGUUCAGCCUCCACUCUGAACCCGCAGUUACUACCAACCCCUGGAACCAGACGCUCCGCCCACAUAGAUGAGUACAGAGAGACCUCCAGAACUCCUGUCAACAACGAGCUGCUGCUGUACAUCCACAACAGCUCAGUGGUUACCAUGGAGACAGAGGAUGCUGCAGAGCACCUGGAGGUCACACUGACAGGUGAUCACACACAGGUGAGCUGCUGCAAGGUUGAGUCCAAAGUCCAGCAGCCUCCAGAGGACAGCAGGAUAUCCAUUAGUCCAACAACCAUCUUAUCUGGUCUACAAAGAUCUCCAGACCAGAAUCAGAUCUUAUUCAGUACCAUCAGAAUGAUCGUCACUGAGAACUCAGAGACCAGAGAUACCAAAGACCAGGUGAGACCUCCAGGCAUCUCCUCAGAUUCUUCUUCUGCAGCAGGUUUUUAUCAACCAAAAGGCCACAAGGACAUCUCUAAUUCCAGAUCCAAAGAGGACCGCAGCAGCUCCAUCAGUCCUGCCACCAUCUCAUCCAAUCUACACCAAACCCAGGACCAGGAACAAUGGUUCGACAUCAGAAAGACCUCAGAGGAAUCUGAAGACCAGGUGAGACCUCCAGUUGUCUCCUCAGAGUUUCCUCCACCUUCAGAGGAGGUUCCAGGUCCUAUGUUGACCGAGGACGACCAGGGCAACAAGAACAGACUCAUCACUCAGGAAGAUAGGUUCAUCCAAAAGAUUAAACCUGAUCCCUCUCGUCCUAAACCGGUCCCCCAUCAGCAGCACUGUGUAAGUGUCCACACCAGGACAUGUGACCUAAGAGGUCACAUCUAUCAGCCAACCACAGGCCCUGCUCUUCCCUCCACCCAGCGAGUCCCUAAGCAUCCAGCCUCCAUACCUAGUCUGAUAAGGUCCAGUCGGAUGGUGGACUGUCUGACUGAAGGCUGCUGUAUCUGUUCUGCUGGUUCAAAGUUUGGACAAGAACCUAAGCAAAGACCAGAACCUCUGAGUCCUGAUUGCUGGCAGUUUGAUGAGCUGGAUGAUGAGCUGGAUGAUGAGCUGGAGGACAUCUGGAGACAGACAGCACCCUGACCUGGACAAGAACAUCUAAGAAGCAUGUCAAAGUGUCUGUAGCAUGGUCACUGUUUGCAGAGAAUCAUGGAUAAUGUAGUAACAACAGACUUUAAGCUGUAAAAUAACUUUUCUCAGCUAAUGUAGCAAAUCUUUAAAAAGUUGUUUUUUACAGUGUAUAGUCAAUAAUCAAUAAAUAGUUAAAUCUCUAAUCUAACAUUUCCUCAUUAAACAGUGUAUAACCUCUAGGGCUAUGUUCUAUAUGGUGUUGAUUCAAUCAAUAAUCAAUAAUCAGAAGAUGUCAUACAUUGACUGUUUACCAUCCACUGUUUGGACAUG